AUGCGGGUGCGCUGGUUAUACUUGGUCUUUAUUCUGCUGCUGCUGGAUCAACUAGCGGCGGCACAACGUCGUAGCCGCGACAGAAAAACACGCAAUACAAGACUUGCCCGUGCCAGGAAUCAAAUCGAGCCUCGAAUCGCCAGUGAUACGGGCACUGCAUCCAUUGGGCGUAACCGUAUUCAGCCGCGCGUCAUCAACAACAGCAAUGACAGUGACAAUGGCAAUUGGAGUCCACUCAACAAUCGCCGAAGGAGAAGGAGAACGAACCGCUGGAGAAGAUUGAACAAUCGCAAUAGAAAUAGAAGGAACCGUGCAAACAGAAGGAAUCGGAAUAGAGCCUCUGCUCGCAUUGUUGGAGGUCGCAGGGCGCGCAUUUUAGGUGGCCCCAGUGCAUCCAUAGCCACGAUGCCAUAUCUGGUGCAGGUACAUCGUGGCGACAGCUUGUGUGGCGGCUCAUUGAUUCGGCCCGAAUGGGUCCUGACUGCCGCCCACUGCGUAACGGGCUUUGAUGCCUCCGAAUUUUAUGUAGUCGGCGGCACAACCACGCUAAACGGAACGGAUGGCGUAGGACGCACUGUCACCUUCACCAGCGUGGCGCCCCUCUACACCAAAAAAGAGUUGAAUAUGGAUGCCGCACUGUUGAAGCUGAACGAGACGUUGACGGGCACGAAUAUUAAAACCAUUGCAUUGGGUCGGCGUAUGCCACGACCGGGCACAAGGGUGAGAAUCGGUGGAUGGGGCGCCACCAGAGAGGGCGGCACUUCGGUCACAGAACUAAGAUCGGUUCAGCUGAUAGUGGUUAAUCAGAGGGAUUGCCGAAGGGCCUAUCAAGGAGCGAUGACCAUAACUAACAGAAUGUUCUGUGCACAGGCCAGGGGCAGAGAUUCCUGCAGCGGCGACUCGGGCGGCGGUGCCGUGCAAAACAAUAGACUGAUGGGCAUUGUGUCCUUCGGCACGGGCUGUGCCAGACCUAAAUAUCCCGGUGUCUAUACGCGAGUGGGCAACUUGCGUAGAUGGAUUAACAGAAUCAUUUCAAGCAAUUAAAUUGAACGAGGAAAUA